GGUGGUGAGGGGACAAACUUUUGUCAGGACACUAUAUAAACCCCGAUGUCAGGUAUCAGUGGCACUGCGAGAAAAAUCUGAAUAACUUUCUCAACUGAGCUGAAAACUACACUGACCUGAUAAUGGGUGACUAUGAUGCAAUUCUGUCCAUCUGGGGCAAGGUGGAAUCCAACUAUUCUGACUAUGGAGGAGAGAUCCUGACCCGUCUGUUUGUGCAGCACCCUGAAACCCAGCAGCUCUUCCCUAAGUUUGCGGGAAUCCCACAGGCUAGUCUGCCAGGAAACACGGCAGUUGCUGCACAUGGUGUUACUGUCCUGCAGAAACUGGGCGAGCUGGUCAAGGCAAAAGGAUCGCAUACUGACCUCCUGAAACCACUGGCUACAACCCACGCCAAGCAACACAAGAUCAAGCUGAACAACUUCAAGCUGAUCAGUGAGAUCAUCGUGGCGGUGUUCGCCGAGAAGGCCGGCCUCAAUGCCGCCGGACAGGACUCUCUGAGGAGGGUGUUGAAUGCCAUCAUCAGCGACAUUGGCUGCUUCUACAAGGACAUGGCCUUCGAAGGCUAGACGACCUCCGACCCCCUGGAGACCCUGCCAUCACUGGGGCCAAUUACAUGGGUGUUUAUUUAGCCAGUGGGAGUAGAGCAUAAUCAAGGCAUUUAUGAUUAUUACUAUUUCUGCAAAGCGAUUGUUUUAAGCUCAUAUAUAGUAGCGUGCUAUAGCUGUGGAGUAAAAUCUUAAACUCAACCUGGAGAAGAUGAUGAAAUGAAAAAGAAACAAAAGUAAAGGUCAAUGAAUGAUUUCAAAUGAAUGAGUCCAAAAAAGCCAGAGUGUCUGAUCUGAUCUGUUUUGUAAAAGAAAUAAUAAAUCAGAUUUCAAUACUUCUCUUCUAAAACACUGUUGGACUGUUUUCGUAUGGGCUCGAGUCGUCCCGGGUGCCAUCAGCCAUGUGACGUUUACACCGCCGCCUGUGGGAAGCCAUACAAAUUCAGAGAUUUUCAAAAAUGUGUUUUUUGGUUGUUUUUCUUUUGCUUAAUAAGAUUUUUAGAUUAACGCAUAAGAAGCUUUGCUAAAUCAGUUUGCCGUAACGUCCGUGUGCACAGAAAGCAUCCGGCGGCCUUCUAAGAAACGACACAACUGUUCCAAUUGUUCUCACGUUAAUCUUCAGUCAGGUCCAGAUCGAGCAAAGCUAAAACAAAAACCUGCAAAAGCAAAUUGGUUUUGCGAAGAGGCAAAGAGCGACGGAAAGACGGAUAGAGUCGCGCGGUAAACACUACUAGUAGCGUGGGUAUGAACAAAGCGAGCACGGCUGAUGGACGAAGGUCAUUUCAUUCAAUUAUGUUUUUUUUACAAACACAUUUUAUUUCACUUUGGCACGCUCCAUCAUAUUAACGAUCUCUGCUUGGCGCUUAUUUCAUCAGAAUGUAAUGGAAAAGAAUAGUAGUGUGUCUGGGUUAGUGCUAUCCUGCUGGUGUAUAUCUCUCUCCCCUGCCGUAUCACUAAAAUGCUUCGUUGUGUGAUUAACCAGUGAUCAUUAAUAAAAUUCUCCUCGCUCACAACAACAAAAAAA